UCCUUGAGACCCUGAUGUCUGCAUUUCUUGGUAUUCCCAUUUUCAACAUGACCCAUGAAGGGAAAAGGAGGAAAUCUUGCAGGUAAAGAAGGUUUCUGUCUUUCAUCACUGAUCUUUUGCUUCUUUCUUCACCAGGGAAAUGAGGAUUCUAUGGAGCCAACUCUUGGGUGCAGUAAGGAAACCAUUAAUAUAGGAAGAAGGAAGAAAGAAUCUCAAGGUGAUGAUCUUGCCGAUUCCUGACUUCAUUUACAGAUAAGAAAGGGAAAAAAGUAGUGCCAACUAUCUGCAUUGCAAUUCAACAUCCAUAUCACUAUUGACAUGGAGGAGAAAGCAUUUAAAUGCCUGGAGUGUGGAAAGAGUUUUACUCGGAGGGAUCAUCUGCAGAAACAUGAAAGAACCCACACUGGGAAGAAGCCCUAUAAGUCUCUGGAGUGUGGACAGAGCAUCACUCAUCGUUCAUAUCUACAUAGACAUCAAACAACUCAUACUGGGGAGAAAGCCUAUAAAUGCCUGGAGUGUGGAAAGAGCUUCAGUGAGAAUGAAAGUCUACGUGUGCAUGAAAAAACUCAUACUGGAGAGAAACCCUAUGCAUGCCUGGAGUGUGGAAAGAGCUUCACUAACAAUGGAAGUCUACAUUUGCAUCAAAGGACUCACACUGGGGAGAAACCCUUUAAAUGCCUGGAGUGUGGACAGAGCUUCAAUAACAAUGGAAAUCUACGUACACAUCAAAGGACUCACACUGGGAAGAAACCCUAUAAAUGCCUGGAGUGUGGACAGAGCUUCUCUCGUAAUUCAAGUCUACAUUUGCAUCAAAGGACUCACACUGGGGAGAAACCCUUUAAAUGCCUGGAGUGUGGACAGAGCAUCAAUAACAAUGGAAAUCUAUGUACACAUCAAAGGACUCACACUGGGGAGAAACCCUAUAAGUGUCUAGAGUGUGGACAGAGCUUCACUGUCAGUGGACAUCUACGACUGCAUCAAAGGACUCACACUGGGGAAAAACACUAUGCAUGCUUGGAGUGUGGAAAGUGCUUCAUUGAUAAUUCAAGUCUACAUAAACAUCAAAGAAUUCACACUGGGGAGAAACCUUAUACAUGCCUGGAGUGUGGACAAAGCUUCAAUGACAAUGGAAAUCUACGUACACAUCAAAGGACUCACACUGGGGAGAAACCCUACAAAUGCUUGGAGUGUGGACAGAGCUUUAUUCGUAGUACACAACUACGUUCGCAUCAAAGGAUUCACACUGGGGAGAAACCCUUUAAAUGCCUGGAGUGUGGACAGAGCUUCACUCGUAAUUCAGGUCUACGUUUUCAUGAAAGGACUCAUACUGGGGAGAAACCCUAUAUAUGCCUGGAGUGUGGAAAGAGCUUCACUAAGAAUGGAAGUCUACUUAUGCAUCAAAGAACUCACACUGGGGAGAAACCCUAUAAAUGCCUGGAAUGUAGAAAGAGCUUCAUUGAUAGUGGAAAGUUACGUUUGCAUCAAAGGACUCACACUGGGGAGAAACCCUAUACAUGCUUGGAGUGUGGAAAGAACUUCCCUUAUAAUUCAGGUCUACGUUCACAUCAAAGGACUCAUACUGGGGAGAAACCCUAAACAUGCCUGGAGUGUGGACAGAGCUUCACUCAGAAUGCACACCUGUGCUCGCAUCAAAGGACUCACACUGGGGAGAAACCCUAUAAAUGCUUGGGAGUGUGGACACAGUUUCACUCAGAUUGGAAAUCUACGAUUGCAUCAAAGGACCCACACUAGGGAGAAACUCUAGAAACGCAUGGUGUGUGGAAUGAGCCUGAGAGUUCAAAUCUACAUAGACAUAGAAUUCACAUUGGAAAGAACAGUAGUAUUUGACCCCAGAGAGACUCCCGAAAACAGAGCUUUCCAAACUUUUCAUGUUGGUGACACUCUUUUUAGACAUUCAUCCUUUCGCAACGUGGUAAUUCAGUUCAACUGGAAACCAGAGGUUAAACCAACCCCUUAUAAGAUUUUGAAUAUAAAUAUUAUAUCAUAAUAUAGACAGAUUUGUUUUAUAUAAUCACUAUUACAUAAAAAAGUCUUAUAUCUUUUCAAAAUCGCUAAUAGACUUACUCUUAUUCCAGCCAAAUUUAGUUUAUAUCCUUCUAGAUAGAGUAAAACUCAAUUUUCUAAUCUAACCCACUCCUUUAGCCAGUGGAAGCCUAUCGCUUCAUAUUAAUAACCAAUGUUUGGCAGCGCUAAGCCCCCCUCUCUUUGACAUCUGUUAGGUUUUUGCAAGCAAUGAUAGCUUUUCUUCCAUUCCAUAUAAAUUUAGUUAAAUCCUUAGAGAGAUGGGCCAAAACUAACAAAAUGAAGUUCAACAGUGCAAGAUACUCCACUUAGGCAGAAAAAACAAAAUGCUAAGAUAUAGAAUGGGGGACGAGGCCUGGCUCGAGAGCAGUACGUGUGAAAAAGAUCUUGGAGUCCUUGUGGACAACAAGUCAAACAUGAGCCAACAAUGUGAUGUGGCGGCAAAAAAAGCCAAUGGGAUUUUGGCCUGCAUCAAUAGGAGCAUAGUGUCUAGAUCUAGGAAGUCAUGCUACCCCUCUAUUCCGCUUUGGUUAAACCACACCUGGAAUAUUGUGUCCAAUUCUAGGCACCACAAUUCAAGAGAGAUAUUGACAAGCUGGAAUGUGUCCAGAGGAGGGCGACUAUAAUGAUCAAGGGUCUGGAGAACAAGCCCUAUGAGGAGCGGCUUAAGGAGCUGGGCAUGUUUAGCAUGAAGAAGAGAAGACUGAGAGGAGACAUGAUAGACAUGAUAUAAAUAUGCGAGGGGAAGUCACAGAGAGGAGGGAGCAAACUUGUUUUCUGCUUCCCUGGAGACUAAAACACAGAGCAGUGGCUUCAAACUGCAGGAAAGAAGAUUCCACCUGAACAUUAGGAAGAACUUCCUAACUGUGAAAGCUGUUCACCAGAGGAACUCUCUACCUCGAAGUGUGGUAGAGCAUCUUUCUAUGGAGGAUUUUGAACAGAGGCUGGGUGGUGCUUUGAACGUGAUUGUCCUGCUUCUUGGCAGAAUGGGGUUGGACUGGAUGGCCCACGAGGUCUCUUCCAACUCUAGGAUUCUAUGACUGGCAUUGUGGUGAAAGUGAAAAGUGAGCGUCCUUAUUCUGCUUCCCUCCAAGUGCAAAGUUCGCACGGUACGAGGAACAUCCAGAAAGUCAGGUUACAAGAUUUUUUAAAACCUGUAGGCCUGGCUCUGUUGGUUUAGCCUUUUUGCCUCAGAACUUGUCUGAAAGGGUUUUCCCUCCUUAUUCUGGGUUAGAGCUUUAGAGAAGAAGGCCAGAAAUUGUCUGGGUUCCUUGGCCUGGCAAUCUAAACAGGCAUUCUAUAGCACGUAUAUACCUCAUUAUAGCUGUGUAUUUACCACAUAGUCAACAUAGUCUAGUACUUACCACUAUAGCCCAGAGUGCUUUACCAAUAUAGCUUUGUCCAUCAUCAUAGCUUGUACUAUACCAUUAGCAUAGAUAGUAUUUACCAUCAUAGCUGUUUAUAUAUCAUAUAGCUUAGUAUUUACCGAGUAUUUACAAAACAGUCAUUGUACCGUGUACUUCUACCAUAUAGUUAUUAUAGUUCUGUACUUUACCAUUUUAGUCCAAUAUUUUACUUUCAAUAGCCAAGUAUUUUACCAAAUGACUUCCCACAAUUAUAGCCAAGUAUUUUACCUCAUAUUGUGCAAAUAUAGUCAAGUGUUCAUUUCCAGUGUAACCAGAUUCAAGCAACAAACUUUGUCUUUGUAAUAUUUUAUUUUGAUUCGCCUUUCAAGAACUCUGACUGAAGUUAACUUUGCCUUUUGUUCCAGUAAACUUAUUUGGUUCUCUUUAA